AUGGUGGACAUACAGUGCCUUCCUUAUUUUCUUGUUAGCCUAAGACUGGAGGGUGAUCCUCUUUCAUCCUUGAAUAGAUCUAACCAUGGUUAUGAUUUUCUUCACUUUGAAUAUGGGAUUUUAGAGAAAAUGCUUUUGCAAUUAGGCAGAAGUCAGGGAUCCUUUUUAUUGUUUAGGGCAAUGAUGCCACUCAGGCACUCUAAGACCACCCGGGUUCUCUUAAAAAGCAUUCAAUUGCUUGACCUUAGAAGAAGUCUUGUGGUUUUCAACAAGACAUUUAAUGCUAUUGCCUUCAAUUUGCAAUGUGAUGUUGAAAGCAAUGAGUUUAGGAACUUUGAGAAAAUACAGUAG